ACCAUAGAAGUCCCGUUCUGGCUGCAAGCGUGUUAGGCUACCGCAACAUCAACAUCCUCACCAUCACUGAGGUGGACCAAAGUGGGAUUGACAGCAUUAGAGCAAGGAGCUUCAAAUUGGUCGAUGCUGGUCCUGAUGCAAGACGCAUCGGUGAAUACGGGAAGUCUUUAACCAAUGUUUGACCACGAAAAGGGGAACUCGCAUUCAAAUCGACGCUAUCAAACGAUAGCAGCCAGACCAUUCAUCAAUCUAUUGUUUUCCUUUUAAGCAGGUAACGUUAGACUAGGAUUCAGCCUAGCGCCAAUCGUUGAAUUGACAGGGAUGUCGAUCGAGAUUGAAUUUCAGCGAAUGACAAAGGAAAUAAGUGCUUAAUUCCAUCUCGGUAAAAUUGCAGUAAACUUCGCGAUAGUUAGCCUAGAGAAAGUUAUUUGGGUUAUCUGGUUGGAAAUAACCUAGUGCUGUGGACAUGGCGGAUGCUGCUGAGUGCGGUGUAAAAGUGAUGUGCCGAUUCAGGCCUUUGAAUGAAUCGGAAACCAACAGAGGAGAUAAAUACAUCCCGAAAUUCAAAGGCGAAGACACGGUGGUAAUAACGGGCAAGCCUUAUGUGUUUGACCGAGUCCUGCCACCCAACACAGCCCAGGAGCAGGUCUAUGAUGCCUGUGCCAAGCAGAUCGUCAAAGAUGUGUUGGGUGGGUACAAUGGAACCAUCUUUGCCUAUGGCCAGACCUCAUCAGGCAAGACUCACACCAUGGAGGGCAAGCUCCAUGACUCCCAGCUGAUGGGUAUCAUCCCCCGUAUCGCCAGGGACAUCUUUGACCACAUCUACUCCAUGGACGAGAACCUGGAGUUCCACAUCAAGGUCUCCUAUUUUGAAAUCUACUUAGACAAGAUCAGAGACUUAUUGGAUGUGUCAAAGACCAACCUAGCAGUGCAUGAGGACAAAAACAAGGUGCCCUAUGUUAAGGGCUGUACGGAGCGCUUUGUGUCCAGUCCAGAAGAGGUUAUGGAUGUAAUCGAUGAAGGAAAAUCCAAUCGUCACGUGGCUGUUACAAACAUGAAUGAGCACAGUUCUCGCAGUCACAGCAUCUUCCUCAUCAACAUCAAGCAGGAGAAUGUAGAGACAGAACUGAAGCUGUCAGGAAAACUCUACUUGGUGGAUCUGGCUGGCAGUGAGAAGGUCAGUAAAACUGGGGCAGAGGGAUCUGUGUUGGACGAGGCCAAGAAUAUCAAUAAGUCCCUCUCCGCCCUGGGAAACGUCAUAUCAGCUCUGGCCGAGGGAACUAAAACCCACGUGCCCUACAGAGACAGUAAGAUGACCCGUAUCCUGCAGGACUCUCUGGGGGGAAACUGUAGGACCACCAUCAUCAUCUGUGCCUCCCCCUCUGUCUACAAUGAGGCUGAGACCAAGUCCACCCUCAUGUUUGGACAGAGAGCUAAGACCAUUAAGAACACAGUGUCAGUGAACCAAGAGCUGACAGCUGAGGAGUGGAAGAAGAAGUAUGAGAAGGAGAAAGAGAAGACUAAAGGCUUGAAAUACGUGAUCCAGAAGCUUGAGACCGAGCUCAAACGCUGGAGGAAAGGUGAGGCUGUUCCAGUGGAGGAACAGCUGAGCAGUAAGGAGAAGAAGAGCAACAGUGGUGACGCCAUGGCCACGCCCAUGAUUGACACCAUCGCCCCACCCCCUAUCCCGCUGUUGGACGAGGAGAAGACCCGAUACGAGGGGCUCAUCACCGACUUGUACCAGCAGCUGGAUGACAAGGAUGAUGAGAUCAACCAACACAGUCAGCUGGCGGAGAAGUUCAAAGAGCAGAUGAUCGAUCAAGAUGAGCUGCUGGUUUCGGCCCGUAAGGACUAUGAGAAGCUGCAGGAGGACCUGUCCAGGCUGCAGAGGGAGAACGAGGCGGCCAAAGAGGAGGUGAAGGAGGUGCUGCAGGCCCUGGAGGAGCUGGCUGUUAACUACGACCACAAGAGCCAGGAAGUGGAGAACAAGAACCGCUCCAACAACCAGCUCAGUGAGGAACUCAACCAGAAGAGCACCACUCUGGAAGGGGUGCAGAGGGAGCUGUCCAGUCUACAGGAGCUCAGCAGUCACCAUAAGAAGAGAGCAGCAGAGAUCCUCAGUCUAUUGCUCCGAGACCUCAGUGAGAUAGGAGGCAUCAUCGGCACCAGUGACCUCAAGGCUAUGAUGGAGGUGAAUGAGGUCAUCGAGGAGGAGUUCACCAUGGCCCGUCUUUACAUCAGCAAGAUGAAGUCGGAGGUCAAGUCUCUGGUGAACCGCAGCAAACAGCUGGAGAGCUCCCUUGUCGACACCUCCCGCAAGAUGCAGGCCAAUGAGAAGGAGCUGGCCUCCUGUCAGUUACUCAUCUCCCAGCACCAGGCUAAGAUCAAGUCUCUGACAGACUACAUGCAGAACAUGGAGCAGAAGAAGAGACAGCUGGAGGAGAGCCAGGACUCCCUGAUGGAAGAGCUACACGCACUACAUGCACAGGAGAAAAUGAAAGAGGUACAUGUGAUGGAUAAGCAGAAGGAGCACCUGACCAAACUGCAGGAUGCAGUGGAGAUGAAGAAGACCCUAGAGGAGCAGAUGGAGAACCACAGAGAGGUGCAUCAGAAGCAGCUGUCUCGCCUGCGGGAUGAGAUCGACCACAAGCAGAGGGUCCUGGACGAGCUCAAGGAUCUGAACCAGGGGCUGCAGCUGGAACAGAGCAAGCUGCAGUCAGACAAUGACAAACUGAAGGCCGAGGAGCUGGAGAAGGACGAGCAACUGCAGAAGCUUGUCUUCUUGAAUGAGAAGAGAGAGCAGGCCAAGGAGGACCUGAAGGGGCUGGAAGAAACUGUGGCCAAGGAGCUUCAGACCCUGCACAACCUGCGCAGGCUUUUCAUCCAAGAGCUCACCUCCCGCGUCAGCAUGAGUGCAGAGAUGGAUAAUGAUGAGGCCGGGGGCAGUCUGGCUCAGAGACAGAGGAUCACCUUCCUGGAGAACAACCUGGAGCAGCUCACCAAGGUCCACAAACAGUUGGUGCGUGAUAACGCCGACCUGCGCUGUGAGCUGCCCAAGCUGGAGAAACGUCUGCGGGCUACGGCUGAGAGAGUCAAGGCCUUGGAAGCAGCCCUGAGGGAGGCCAAAGAGAGUGCCAUGAGGGACCGCAAACGCUACCUGCAGGAGGUGGACCGCAUCAAAGAGGCCAUGCUCUCCAAGAAUGCCUCCAGGAGGGGGCACUCUGCACAAAUAGCUAAGCCCAUCCGUGCAGGACAUCAGCAGCAGUCCACAUCCUCUCCCUCAGCGGGUCAUUCCAUCCGUGGAGGCUCUAUCCGCGGGGGUGGAGGGGUGUCCAGCCCUCACCACCACCGCCACCCGGCCUCUCCAUCACCCCACCGCCAGCAGCAGCAGCGCAGCAAAUAAAGCACAGCUGCAGGUGGAAGUUGGAUUUUCCAGCUGGAUGUACAGACCAUAUCUCCUCUCCAUUUGGGACCAGACCCCACUCCAGGACUGUCUGGGAUAUUCUCUUUCCCCAUGGACCUUGCUAUCUCUCUCUCUCUAACCACUGGGACCAAUCCUCCUCUCCUUCUCUCACCACUCUGCCUUUACUGGGACUCCAGACUCCUCAUUCCUGAAAAAACACACUCUGUAAGCCAGACAUCUUUAUUAAUAGGUCUCCUAUCCUCAUGGUUAAGAGGAAAGAGAGGCUCCGUAAUGCUGAACAAGUGCUUUUCAUCUUUCGCCUUCUUGAAUCUCUCUCACUCUCUCUCUCUCUCUCUCUCUCUCUCUCUCUCUCUCUCUCUCUCUCUCUCUCUCUCUCUCUCUCUCUCUCUCUCUCUCUCUCUCUCUCUCUCUCUCUCUCUCUCUCUCUCUCUCUCUCUCUCUCUCUCUCUCUCUCUCUCUCUCUCUCUCUCUCUCUCUCUCUCUCUCUCUCUCUCUCUCUCUCUCUCUCUCUCUCUCUCACAGAAAUGUGUAAUGAGCUCCUAUAUGUUGUUUAGGGUGAUGUCUCUCUGGGGCUUGUUCAGUGUUGUAUCUUGUGAAACAGGCUGGUUUUCCUUUAAGAUCAAUUAUGAGAAAAAGGUGGUUGUUUAGGGGUUUCCGUCUAACACCAAUACCCUCAGAAACAAUAGAAGGGACACGUUGUUAAGGAUGAACGUAUGGAGACACAGUUAGUAUUGUAGUGUGUUUUAGAACCCACAGUGUUUUUUGAUGAAUGUUUAAGAUCACCUUUAAAAGUUGUGGUUUUGAAAGUAGCACUCUGUUUUGUACUGAAUUUUGUGGAUUUAAUUAUUAUUAUUUGCGCAACUUUGAUGAAGAUAUCUGCUAUUUAUUUUACACAUUUUAUUUAUGCAACUUUGAUGUUAGUUAUUUGAACAUGUGCUUUGACAAUAUCACACACUACUGAAGUCACGUGAAGAUGCUAUGGUCAUACUUUACUAAUCUACUCUGCUUGAGAUGCAUAUUGUUAAGAUACAGAUCAACUUUCUAAUUGUAAACAUUUCAAAAAUCAGAGUAUGUAUCCGAUAUGGUUUUAAUAAUUGUCAAGCCACAGUAACAACCUUUUAAGAAUUUGAAUUUGAAUUUCCUGCAAAUAUUUUCUAUAUUCUUGGUUUCCGGGGCAUUGAGUCUUUUCAUUUGUGUUACAUGCAGACCAAAUCGAAAUACAUUAAUGAGGUGCUAUGAAGCCAAAACUGACGGAUCGUACAGUUUAUGAACAUUUCCAAGAAAUGUGAGGAAUUAGACCUAAAACAUAUGUAGGUAUUUUGUAAUGCCUAACAUGGUUAUUAUACUGUAUUUCCUUCCUUUGCUGGGUUUUAGUUUUUUGCUGCUUUAGACUGAAUGUCUCACAUGCCAGGUUGUUAUUUGAAAAGAAGGUGUAUCGUCAAUUAUCUUUAUAAAUGAAGGUGGCGAAAAAGAGGGUUGAAUACCUGCGGUAAUAUGAAGUUGAAGAGAUGAUGAGACGUGUGAUUGGUUGUUUCCCCACUGCAAUGAUGCUGAUCAGCCCAUCAGUAGAUCUGGCAGUGUAUGGGCUCGUCGGAACUGAAGUGUUUGAGUUCUAGGGUUUAUCAGGGAUUUCAUGUUUGGUCUUUCUGGAUGUACUCUCUCCACUCUAAAGAAGUAACACAAUCAGAAUGGUUUACAAAUUAUAUAAGGUUGUCAUUGGUCUGGGAUCUUGAUUAUUUCCUACAUGUCACUUGUCUACUUGUGGUCCACCUGUAUUCAUGGUGCUAAAGGAUAUUCAGACUAAUGUUUUUGUAUAUAUCUGCUCUCUGUCAUAUAUCAAAUCAAGUGCUUUUCGACUGCCUCUUUCAUUCUAGUUCACAAAGUCUAAAUAAGUGUUUUUUCUGAACUUCGUAUGAGGUAAGGAAAAAAAUUAAGUCACAUUUCACAUGGUUCGUAAACAACAAGUGUAGACUAACAGUGAAAUGCUUACUUACGGGUCAUUUUCCAACAAUGCAGAGUUAAAGAUAAAGAUUCAAUGUUUUUUUUAAUAAUGUCUAAAUACACAGUGAAUAAUGAGUUAUGCUGUUGUGAAAUGUGUUCUAUUAAGGUGUCUUGGAACAGGGUCUUGCAUUCGUUCACCUCUCAUACUGGUUUCCUGUUGAAAGUCAUGCAUUAAUUUACUUACACAUAUGAAUGACCCUUCCUUAAGGUAUUAUCAUGAUGACUGAAGGAUGACUGUUGGCGUCUGUCAAAUUCCUGCGCUGAAUGUCAUUUCCUGUUUUAAAUGUAAUUUAUCUUAUCGCUUCUCUCUCGCUCUCUCUCUUUCUCUCUCUCCAUCUGUCGCUCUUGCUUCUGAAGUGUCUUUGGUCACUGUUAGUAAACUCUUAGUCUGAAACAUUUGCAAAGAAAGUGCUUGUGAGUCAACUAUCAAUGAGGUUUAUGGUACAAGGGACAAUGUUGUUCAUGGUACAAGGGACAAUGUUGUUCAGACAACGGUUUUCAUAAGUUAAAGAGAAACUCUUGACAUAAAUCAUAUUUAGCCAUUUGUCUCAUCAUACGCCAUAUGUUCACCACAAGAUGUAUCUCUGUCCUGUACCUAAUAGGCUACCACACUGUUCUGUUCGGACAAAAUAGUGCUGUUGAUGAUGAUUGCAUGGUGUAAGAUAGCAAUUUCAGAUGUCAAGAUUCAUUCAAAUAAAGACAGAUAAAACUGAACAAUAAAAAUAUGAAUAUAAUCUA